CUGAAGGCUCUUGAAACAUUUAGCACAAACACAGUGGGCGGGUCAUUUGGAUUCUUGAUCUCAGCUGUUCGUUGUUUUGGAUAUGACCAACUGAACCUUAGCUGAGAUAACCCUCAGACUUCGUUUGGGUGGAGGAUUACUAGGCCUUAUGUUCUUCUGGGUCCUCCCAGAAACAAAUUUAAGUUUUCAUACACAUAAGUCAUUUGUGGACCUUUCAUGAAUUCUGAGUUUGUUGGUGUAGCUGCAGUUAGAAGUGCUGAAGGUGGACCUACUGGAGUUAUAAAAAACCAGCAACUCCAUCAUAGCGAUUCUUCGCGUUGUUUACCAAACGAUACCUCGGAUGAAGUAGAUUGCACGCCUGGCGUACCUUCACUAACAAACCAUACACAAGAAGCCAAAAGGAAAAGUGCUAAACUGUCAUCCAAACACCAAAACGUCAUCAAAACGGAUGAGUUAUCUACACGUCCUCAACCUCCGUGUUCUGUUAGAUUGAUUGACGAAGAAGAACGCAUUCUGUUUGAUGAUGCGGACUCUUUGGCUUGGAGUUUGGGUUGUCCUGUUGACAGAACUGUAAAGCUGAUUGCAAUUGUUGGCAAUACAGGUGAUGGUAAAUCACACACACUAAACCAUGCAUUUUGUGGCGGUGCAAAUGUAUUUGUUACUUCAGCUUCUCAAGUCACAUGUACAAUUGGGAUAUGGGCAGCUUAUCUUCCCAAAGAGGGUUAUCUUCUCAUAGAUACUGAAGGUUUGCUUGGUGCCAGCCCUAAUCCUAAUCGACAACGACGCCUAUUGCUGAAAGUGUUUGCAUUAGCCGACGUUGUUAUAUUUCGUACUAUGUCUGAUCGUCUUCAUAGUGACAUGUUCACUUUCCUCGCAGAUGCUAGCGAUGCAUUUUCAGAACAUUUUCGUCCGGAUUUGGAGGCAUUGGCUGGACGUACUGGUUUACCAUGGACACCUGGUCAACUAGGUCCAGUCGUUGUUGUAUUUCAAGAGACUCAGCAUACUCUACCACUAGAUGAGCCUCGUGCAAUGGCUUCAGGGAAUAGUACUACAUGCAAUGAUCGUCUGGGAUCUGCUGAACCGUCUAACGAAAGGAUGUCUGCUUUAAGCUCCAGAUUUUUGACAGAACGUCUUGUGGCGAUGAGACGUAAUGCUAAUGCAUUCUCUUCACUUGUUUAUGUUGGGACACAAACUAAAGUUCCGCCAACAAAUUUCCAACCCCUAGCAUCUAUGGUUGCCAAAAGGAUACGUGAUAUAUCUGUUAGAGCACCACGGAAAUUAAUUCAUAUCUUUCAUAUUCUUCAAGCGCUUAACACGCGUUUCUCAUCUGAUCUUCCGUGUUCAUCGCCAACAUUUGUUGAAGAAUAUUUUACCUGUCCGUGCAAAUGUACCAGUUGUGGUGUAAGGUGUUGUUUAAGUGUAAAUCACACAUCGAAUAAUGUGGCUCAUAAAGCGGAAUGCUUAGAUUCUAGUGGGAUCAAUAUAACACCUUGUCGAUAUGAUCCAACACUACAAAACAAAUUAUAUUUCUGCAAACUGUGUUAUGCUUAUGGUCAGAGGACCAUGAUGGUUCCCAAAAGUGGUGAGUCAAAUGCUAAUGCACUUUCAGCUGUUGUAAAAUACCUGUGGGCUGGUUAUGUUUUGGAAUGUCCUAGACAUGGUACUAUCUACCGUAGUCGAGGUUAUUGGUCUGGUAAUGUAGAGCCUGAAAUGAAUCCUCAAGUGCACUGGGAAAUUGUGCAUGUUUGGCAAGGGGAGAAGUCAAUACUUUCGGGUACUCAUCCAGUUAGUCAGUUAUUGUUAGAUGGACUGACUGUUGUCUCUAGUCAGGUGAGCCAGUUAGCUGGUCCUCCAGCACGUCGACUUGGUGAUCUUAUUGCUGACAGUGUAGCUCCUCGAUAUUGGCAACCUAAUGCCAGUAUUAAAGCUUGUGCAGUAUGUAAAGUUGAAUUUCCAAGUUCAUCAGAUGACUCUGUUUGUACGAGUAAUUCACUUACAAGAGACAGAUCAUCUAGUGAGAAAAAUCAAACUUUAACAUCUCAGGAUGAUGGUUAUCAGAAAGACAAAACAUCUAGUCAUCAAACUAAUUCACUUCAACGGUCUUCAUCAUGUGCUGAAUCACUGAACAGAGAAUCCAGUUCUCCAAAAACACUGAGAUCUUUUGUUGAUGAUUUUUCUAAACAUCAUUGUCGUGCAUGUGGAAGAGGUGUUUGUGCUAGAUGUUCCACUGGCCGUUUGCCUGUUCCUGAUCAAGGAUAUGGUAACGAAGGUGUACGUGUUUGUGAUCAGUGCUAUGAAGCUCGACUGCGUAAUAAAUCUGCUGAUUCAAACAACCGUUUGUCUGGCAUGAAUUAUAAUUCUCAAAUAAACAGUACCUCUUUGACUGGCCGUAAAGUCAUUGAGAUGUUGUCUGCUACUGCUGAUUAUAUAGCGCCAAUAUACACCGGACCGAAAGAAGUUCGGAGCAAUUUGUCUAACGAAACGUUGGAAUUACCCAUUUCAAUUUCGUGGAGAUUUUACAAAUAUAAUUUUUACAUAUAUCUACUUCUUACUCAGUGCAGGAUUAUUUUGGAAGUAUUCGGUGAAAUAUUGAUCAUAGUUCAUAUGAAUAAAAAUCUACUAUUGUUUAACUGCAUACUCGAAUGCCUAAGCUUUACGUAGUUACUGUAAAACAGAAUUGAAAACAUGACCUUUACACCUGUGUUGUGUGAUAUUUGAUAAAAUAGAUGAAACUUUAAUAUUAAGGCUUUUUUAGUAGGUUGUGUUAGGUUUACGUUUCUUUAGCAUUGUGAAGUUCUGGAGUGCAGGCAUUCUUCGACAAAUAUUUUGCCUUUAGAAUGGAGACAGUAGAACUGAAAUAUGCGCCCCCCUCUAGUAUUUAGUAAUCUUCAUUCGUCCUAUCCCAUUUCUCUGAAACUUCUACUGAUUAAAGAAAGAUGGUUGUAAAUUUUUUAAUCAUCUAUCCUUCUGUGCCUUAUGUAGUUCAGUUCUUGUUUUGGGUUCAUAGUCUUUCACAACUAUUACUGUUUUUCUUAAGUUUAGUAGUGAAGAUCAUUACUCAAGCAGCGAUAUAAAUGUGUGUGCUCAGUCGGACAGAAUUGAUAAUUCACAUGUAAAACUAUCAGUUUUUGGUGUCUCACUGACUUAUCGUGUUUUUCUCCACGAAAUCUAAAUGAAUCUUACAUAUUUUCACUAAAUGUGAUGAGGUGAACUUAUUGCCCAUUACUGUGCAGACUGCAGUCUCGACUACUGAUUUCAAACUCAGGCUUUCAGACUUUUUUAUUAUAUUAUUUUUGUUAUUGUUCCCUUGUGUUCCGAGUAGAACAACACAUCUCCACUUUGUUCCAUUUUCUGCUGUCCACUUUUGCUGGGCUCACAGUUGCCCAUUAUCUCUCAUCCCUCUCUCACACGAUCUUCUCCAUGUCACCCUCGAAGCGAUGACCCACUUGUCGCUUUCCGUCUGCGUUCCACUCGAGGGCUUAGUGCGCUCUGUCACUUGACGGCCUCCUCAAUAUGUGUGCCCUGUCCAUCUCCAUUUUAUCCUACAUAUUUGUUGGACGAUGUUUUCUUGGUUAGUUUGUUCCCAUAGUUUCUUGCUGCUAAUUCUUUCUGACUGGCCAUAUGAUUUGCACUUUGGAGCCAUAGAAUGCAGCUGUUAAUGCAAGUCUUCAGUGAACUGUUGAAAUAGCUUUUCGUGAUGCGGGUGCCAAGUUUCUGACCUGUGUAGAAGAACUAACUGACUUGACAUUAGUGUUGGAAAUCCUAGUCUUGUUGUUUAUGCUGUGGAGUGCAGAAGAUUUCCAAAUUGGUUUCAGGUUGAUGAAGGCAUAUCUUGCCUUUCCAAUUCUAACUGGCUUUGACAUCUUCACUCGCUCCGUCUAUGGUUGAAACGACGUUUCCUAGAUAAAUGGAUGAAGUAACUUCAUUCAAAUCUUUCGCGUUGAUAGUGAUUGGUGCUGGUUAAUGUCGCUUUUGGUUGGUUGGUUAUUUUCAUCACCUCCGUAUUCUCUAUGUUCACUUGGGGUCGUAUCUUCACCGCAUUGCUUCUUCAGCCAGUGUGUUGGAUUUUGCCUGUAAGUUUUCAAGUUUGCGUGACAUGAAACAUAAAACCAUCUGUGAGUUCAAUGUAUUCCUUACUCACAUCUCAUAGUCUGACGCAUGAUAUCCAGUCCAUCACAGUUAGGAAUCACAUCGGUGACAGUAGUCAGACAGCCUUAUCUUGCUUCUGUAUUCACUUCAAAGGCUUCGCUGAGUUUCCGUUGUGAAUCACUUGACAUGUGGCUCUCUCAUAUAGCUGUUGAGAUUCAUGAAAUUUUGGUGUACUGGACGCUAUAGUGAUGAAGUAUUUUCCGAAUUACUUCUCUAUGAACGUUGUCGGAGGUCUUUUCGAAGUCGAUGAAAUUGAGGUACAUGUUUGACCGCCAUCCUAUGCUUUGUUCAAUGAUGAUGCGUUGAGUUGCAAUUUGAUGAAUACACCUUGUUCUGGAUUGGAGAAGUUCUGCAUCCAGUACAUCCUUUAUUCUCUUCAGGAUGACGCGAGAGAAUAAAAGGUGCACUGGAUGCCAAACUCCACCCAGAACAUUUUAUAUUUUAGUGAUAUAUAAUUGGGAAGAUAUCUCACUAUCUUUGAUAUUUUAAACUAAUACUUUUAACCUGUUGUAUUAUGAAGUCUUUUUAUGAUUCAGGGACAUUAUUAGGUAACAUAACAUAACAUAAGCUUUAUUCCAAAUCAGUACUUGUGAUACAGAAUGGAAUUCUCAGCAUUU